AUGUUGUGCAAUAUUUUAAGUCGAAAUUCUGUAAAACCAUUUUGGCCGGAAGACAGAAGAUUAAAACUGACCGGUUUCAAUGUUUUUGCUGUGGGUGGUGCUAUGGUUGCAAUAUGUGGCCUAUACACUGUAUUAGGUGGUCUACGUGCGGUGGUAUGGACGGACUCAGUGCAAACUGGUGUGAUGUUUAUAGGCGUUAUGUUGGUGGCAGCGGCGGGAACGCUUGCCGUCGGCGGCGUUGAUUCAGUACUUGGUAUUGCAAGCGAAUCGGGACGCCUUGAACUGUCUAAUUGGAGCUUUUCACCAUAUGAGCGCCAGACUGGAUGGGGUGCGGUGGUAGGAGGAUUUUUGUACUGGACCUGUUUUAACUCCGUCAACCAGACCAUGGUACAGAGAUAUAUCGCUCUACCUUCUAAGAGACAAGCUAUUACAGCACUAGCAAUAUUCUGUAUCGGCGCAAUCCUGGCUAUAUCCCUCUGCGUGUGGUGCGGUUUGACCGCUUGGGCCGCCUGGGUGCUCGGAGGCUGCGACCCAGGUGGUGUGCCUCUAGUAGGGGACCGUCUGCUGCCUGCCUUCGUCACAUACGUAGCUAAAGUACAGCAUCUGCCAGGUCUUUCUGGAGUGUUCCUUGCUGGGGUCUUUGGAGCUGGAUUAAGUUCGCUCUCAGCGGUUUUAAACGCGUGUGCACUGGUGGCCGUUGAGGAUAUAUUGCGUGGAUGGUUGCGCCUUCGCCUGAAGCCCUUGACGGAAGGAAUCAUAGCACGUUCCGUCACAGCUGCCCUAGCCGUGGUCUCUGUAGUUAUGCUUAUCGUUAUUAAGAAGCUUGGAGGCGUCCUUGGUGUAGCAACCGCUUUGUCAGCGAUUGCGGCCAGUGCCACGUGUGGUGUUUUCACCCUCGGCAUGUCGUGUUGGUGGGUAGGACCUUAUGGAGCUAUCGCGGGCGCUAUAGCGGGAGCUCUUCUCGCCGGAACCGUCUCUAUGGGCACACAGACCGCCGCCGCACACGGACUGCGAGCACCGCCGCUCAAUAUGACCAUGGAGUGCGCUUCUAAUGCCAGAUUUUCUUUCAAUAAUACUAUCGACCCUAGCACAGUUUUCCCUCUAUUCCGUCUUUCCUACCACUGGAUCGCACCGCUUGGCCUCAUUGCAACUAUGACCGUCGGCGCAAUCGUUGGAUGGUUCUUUGACAAAAGGGAUGGAACCAAGAUGGAUGCAGAACUAUUCACUCCAGUCGUCUGGAGGCUUUUACCCGCUGAAGCUCAUAACAACUGUGGAAUGAUAAGAAGAAGUAUGAAUACUAAAGAUGUUGACGUACCAACGCCUUGCGCCCCACUUAUACUCGGCCAGAUUCCUGAUAAGAUUGAAAUGAAUGGCGAGACAAGUAGGUGAUAAACCGAUAGUUAAAUAAGCAAACAUUCGAAUACAAUCAAAUAUUUAGCUGUGAGCUGAAAUAUUUAAAACAUAAAAUCGCUAAAGCGAUGUGUACUAAAGUAUUGUGUAAUCAGUAUCUUUUAUGUACUUAAGGUUUACUUUGGAGUGCAAUUUGUAAUACCUAUUAUGUAUUUAUUGCAGGUAUUCGUGUACAUUUUAUGUACAGUAGUUCCAUACAUAUAUGUUAGUUUAGGUUGUAUUAUGUAGGUAUAGUAUAUUCAUUCCUGUAGCAUAGCUUCAUGUGUAAUAGUUUCAUCUGAGUCAAUAACGCCCGAAAUACCAAUAUUAUAUUUAAUGCGAAUUUGUAUGUUGGUUUGUAACCUAUGUUCUUAUAUGUUUAUGUAUUUAUUUAUUUUCUUUAACAUCUUAAAGUCAAAGUC